CGGUCUUGAUCAAGUGUCUAUGACAAAGCUGGAAAACUGGAUUGAUUGGCCACCUCUGCUGAUACAGCUCAGGUCAAUAAGCGUAAACUAAUCUACCUCGGUAGCUCGUUGUAAAUAAGGUUAUACGUAUUAAGAAAAACGGUCAAGAAGAUGAGAUAUGCGAUAAAAAGGAUGGUCAUUGUAUGGCUACGGUGUUGGCGCUGUUUUUGGUUGAGGCUGGGCGUACUCUUCGCUUGUAUUCAGCCCAAAUUCUGCCUGCCAGACGUAUGCACGUUGUGUGCCAAGUAUGAGAGAUGCGAACCAACACCCGGUUUGUUUUCUCUCCCUUUAGUCCAGGGAGUGCGGGUGAGGAUGGCGUUAGACCGAGGUAGAAGCGAGAUACCGAUUGGGGCCAUACUGGGCGUCUUCAAAGAGACGUUGGACAAUAUGAAGAAAUGCCCUGCAAAUCAGCAGGGGCACUUCUGCAGAGUCCAGGAUGCGAGACUUCUCCAUGAUAAGUGUUUGAGCGGCGUGUUGGCGGAAGGAAUGAUGUGCAGGGCAUGAAAGGGGACCUUGGAGGGCGGAGGAUAUGAUGCGGGUUGAGUUGAGGUGGUCGGUGUAAAGAGUUGGGGAAGAUGGCGAAUUUUGAGGAGGCGGAGGUAAGUUGUAUUGAUGUAUUGUCGAUG